AUGUCCACGCAUGCGCCAUUCGACCCGACGAAUACCCUCGGCGCCCUGGAGAUCGGGGUGCUCGUGUCGUACUGCCUGUUCGGCGUGACGAGCCUGCAGGUGUACGCGUACUACGCCCAGCCGGGCUUCGCGGACGACCCGCGUGCGCUCAAGCUACUAAUUGGGUCCGUAUGGCUGCUGGAGCUCGCACACGGGAUUUGCAUCGGUCAGGUGCUGUACGCGUAUACGAUUCAGUACUACGGGCAGCCACAGCGGCUGCUCGGGAUGGUCCCGACGGGACUCGCGCUCUCCGUCGUCGUGAGUGGCUUCAUUACCGCAAUUGUGCAAUCCUUCUUCGCCUACCGCAUCUUCUCGCUGUCCGCCGCGUCCGCGCGCCAGCGACCACUCUUCCGCGUGCUGCAGGGCGUUGCGCUCGCCCUCUGGCUCAGCGAGGCGGUCUACGUCGUGCUCUCGCUCGCGGGGACUGUCCUCACAUUCACCGUGCCGAGCAUCCAGGCGUUCCUCGAGCGCUACCGCUGGCUCCUCUUCGCGCCGUGGGUCAUGAACCUCGUCCAGGACACGACUAUCACCGCGAGCCUGGUUCUCCUGCUGCUGCAAACACGGUCCAAGGGACUCGAUAGUACGACGGCGAUGGUGGACCAGCUGGUUACGUGGACGAUCGAGACGGGCCUAAUUACUAGUUUGUUCAGCAUCCUCAACCUGGUCAUUUACGACCGCUUCCGCGGGACCUUCAUCUGGGUCGCCAUCCAAGUGGUGAAGACGCGACUAUUCGCGAACUCUCUCAUGGCCAGCCUGAACUCGCGCGCGAAGCUGCGAGCAUUGGAGGUCGCGGCAGUCGAUGGAAAUGGGCUUGAUACCUCAGCCAACAUCGCGAUGACCUCCGUCACCUUCGCCAGCGACGAGGACGACGACGGCCUCCCGGGCCCGGGCUUGCCCGACCGGCGGCGGAGCCGGGAUCCCGCCGGCGACCGCUCCCUGCUCGACAUCGACGGGGAGGCUCCGCGCCCGUCGCACGACAACGGAGGCGGGCCGAGCGUGCAGACGGCCACGCCGACGAACUGUAUUCUAGACGGACUGGUAGAAUCCUAUACCCGCGUAGAGGUAUUUAAUUUUAACAGGUCCACGCCGGGUGUGAACAGGGCAUGA